AGAUUAAUUUACUAUACAUCUUUUAUCUAUGUUCUUCAUCAAUCAUCUGCAAUUAGCUCUGUGGGUAUGUAACCUAUUACCUAUGGUAUGUGAUACUCCGUAACCUAUAAUACUUUUAAUUGUUUUGUCAUAAUGUAUUUUUAGAAAUUAGUUUAAACAAUAUAAAGUUUAAAAAUUAGUUUCAGAAUUAGUAUGCUCUAAUUACGUAAAUAGUUUUCAAGGUUUUCUCUUUUGUUCAAAUGUUAUGGAGAAUAAAUUUCUUCUCGAGACAAUAAUAAAACUACUUUUAACUGUGUUCAUUGACUAUAACAUUAAAAAAGUAAAAAAGAAUCUAAAAUAUAUAAAAUGACCGUAACUUACACAGCCGAAGUAGCAACAUGCAGAGGAUUUGGUUGCUUUUUAAAACUUUUACGAAGAUGGAGAGGAAGCAUAUAUAAAUUAGUUUGGUUAGAUCUUUUAGUAUUUUUAAGUGUUUAUUAUGCAUUGAAUCUCAUAUAUCGGCUGGCACUUAAUGAUUACCAUAAAGAGUUAUUUGAAAAUUUAGUAAAAUAUUGUGGUGAAUACAGUAAUCUUAUACCCCUUUCUUUUGUGUUGGGUUUCUAUGUAACCAUUGUAAUGACUAGGUGGUGGAAUCAAUACAUUUCUAUACCAUUUCCUGAUUCUUUAGCUGUGUAUGUUAGUGCAACAAUACAUGGUCAGGAUGAGAGAGGCAGGGUGAUGAGAAGAACUGUAAUGCGCUAUGUAUGCCUUUGUUUGACAAUGACUUUUGCAAUGAUUGCACCAAGGGUGAAAAAACGUUUUCCAACACUUGAACAUUUUGUAGAAGCAGGCUUACUACAAGAAAGUGAAAAAGAAAGUUUAGAACAUUUGAAUAAAAAAUUUCCCAGUCAUUCUAAGCAAUGGUUGCCAAUUGUUUGGGCUUCAAGUAUAGUUACCAGAGCAAGAAAGGAAGGAAGAAUUCGUGAUGAUUUUGCUGUGAAAACUGUUUUAGAUGAAUUAAACGAAUUUAGAGGAAGAUGUGGCUUGCUCUUAGGCUAUGAUAGUAUUAGUGUUCCACUUGUUUAUACCCAGGUGGUAACUUUGGCUGUGUACAGUUAUUUUCUAACAACAAUUAUGGGGCAUCAAUGGGUGCAUGGAAAAGAGUACAAAGUAGAUUUAUAUUUCCCUGUCUUUACUACGCUACAAUUCUUUUUCUACAUGGGGUGGCUUAAGGUAGCAGAGUCGUUAAUAAAUCCUUUUGGAGAUGAUGAUGAUGAUUUUGAAGUGAACUGGAUGAUUGACAGAAAUUUACAGGUUUCCUACUUGAUCGUAGACGAAAUGCAUCACGAACAUCCCGAGUUAGUAAGGGACCAAUAUUGGGAUGAGGUAUUUCCUCAAGAAUUACCAUACACAGGAGCCGCAGAAAAAUUCCGGGACCAACAACCGCAGCCUUCAACGGCUAAUAUAGCGGUUAAAAAUGUCCAUAAAGAAUCAGAAACUGUUCCUUCGUCUCUGAAAAUGGAUGACGUGAACUCGUACGGGGAUGAAAUGCAUAGCAUAAUCAAUUUCAGCGCUAGGCCUCAGUAUGGAAGAUCAGAUAGCUCAAAAACUUCCGUAGGAUCAUCAGUUACAGAUGCAAUUCCCCGAAAUAAUUCAGUUGUUAAAUUGUUCAAAAGAUUUUUAUCACGAGAGGACGGGGUCGACAAUAAAGACAGUAAAAGUGAUAGCAAAAGAGGCUCAGCUGCAGACUUGUCCAAUAAUUGCUUGCUUUUAAAACAACAAUCUGCGGAAUCUAAGCGAAAAUUGGCCAAAGAAAUUAUAGAAGAGGUCGAUGAGCAAUCUACUAUUCAAUCAAAUAAAGAUCCAGCACGUCCGAGUGUAAUCGAUUUUUUUCAAUUUCCUCGUCCGUCAGAUCCUGUGCCCGUUCCUGCUUUUAGAAGAUCUUCGGUACCUAUGCGACAACCUACCCAUCGUUUAAGUGGAACAUCAGCCCCCGGAACGCGCGCAUCAAGAGAUAGUAUGGACGGUAUAAGUAUUGGUUCGGAGGAUGAUGAGUCGUGGGCUGAUGAAUUCACGCGUUUAAAAAAAUUAAGGGAAAAAGAGAGGAAAUCUAGAAUGCUCCAGAACAUCGCAAGAUCAUUAAGUAAUACCAACGAAGAACAGGAAAUGCUUUUGUUUGAACAUAAAUCGGAACCACCACCAACACCGCAAACUCCUAAAGAUGAAAAGUUAUGACAAGUAAGCCUUUAGGAAUCAUUACGCAAAUUACAACUUAACCACGUAGUACUUAUUAUCUUAAUUUAACGCGAAAAAAAAGAAAUUUUAAUGUUAUGUUGUACACAUUCCAUUUUAAUAUAGGACAAUUAUUUUAUUCCUUUAAACAAAGUCAAUUGCUAACCAUGUAUAUAUGUUAUGCACAGUUUCUAUGCAAAAACUUUUUGAUUUCUAUUCAACUGUUUAUAUCAACGUUUUUUAAAUACGAAACUGCAAUUAACCAAAAACAAAGGAAAAGUAUACAAAUAGUGUAAAUAUUUUUCGUAAGGAGGCAAUUUUCUAAACAAUUAACAAAUAAAUAAUAAACAAAUGUCUGUUAACAGUAUUAAUCUAUUUUAAUUAUAAGAGAUGAUUACGAAAUUGUUGUAACUCCGUAAUAACUCAUUCCACGUUUUCAAUAAAUGAAAUAAGUUAUUAGAUUUUAUAUAUGU